AGACACCGCCGGGAGCCCAGCCCGCCCUCUUCCUUUAAGGCCUCCGGCAUGGAAACAUCUGAACCACGUGCCGGAAACCAGCUCACGCCGACGCCGGCGCGCCACUCCUUGUCGUUUGGCGCCGAGCUGCCGCCCAUAUCAUCGCGAGACCAGCUCGCCGAAAUGGCCGCGUCCAACCAAGGGCAUUUUGAGUCACUGGACCUUGCAGAAUAUGCUAAGAAGCAGCCAUGGUGGCGCAAGCUGUUUGGGCCAGAAACUGGGCCCUCAGCUGAAAAGUACAGCGUCGCAACACAGCUGUUGAUUGGAGGGGUCACUGGCUGGUGCACAGGUUUCAUCUUCCAGAAGGUUGGAAAGUUGGCUGCAACAGCUGUGGGAGGAGGAUUUUUUCUCCUUCAGAUUGCAAACCAUACUGGCUACAUCAAAAUUGACUGGCAACGAGUAGAGAAGGACAUGAAGGCGGCCAAGGAACAGCUGAAGAUCCGCAAGAGCAACCACUUACCCACAGAGGUGAAAAGCAAAGCCGAGGAGAUGGUGUCCUUUGUGAAGAAGAACGUUCUAGUGACUGGUGGAUUUUUCGGAGGUUUUCUGCUUGGCAUGGCAUCCUAAGGAGGACUUCCUGUUUCCAUUAUUUCCGGUUUCUGUACCUAGAUCAGCCUCUACACUCCAUCAUAGGACAUCGAGUCUCCUCCUCCUCUUCUCCUGUGCCUUCCUCCCUGCUGUAGCAUAUCCGAAUGGCUUCUAUAGGCAUCUGUUGAUACGAACUGAUAAUGACCCUACUGUGAGCCUCAAGACAACAUCGGAAGAGACAAUAGAUUACCUAUCCUCCCAGAACACUCCCCACUUGACUGAGCUAGCGCAUAGGGAUGUUCCUUUCCCCCCCGACAUCAGAUACUUGCUAGCACACAAUGCGAUAUAGCUCACUGCGGAGGAUAAGUGGAUACUCAAAGGUGCCCAACUUGAAUUAGAACAGGAAUAACCAGCACAUAGAUAACCUUAGAACGUGCGGCAUGGAAAGGAACUGAAUACAUUUGCCUUUGAGCGUGAAAGAUUUUUAGUGUCUACUUUCUCUUUGCCUUGGCUUUGAUUACAGAAAGGGAGAUGUUUAUAACUAUUACAACUCUCCUGACAAAAUGGUGGCAUAAACCCUAUCAUUGAAAAGUUAUCGACAUAGAAUGAACUUGUGCUCAACAUGUAUGAUGAACUGAAGAUACAGUGUUUGGUGGGAAAACCUUGAGGGAAAUCAUGAUACAUCAUUGGAUAAUCAGACUUAAUGAAUGAAUCAUUUGGGGGCGUUAAGAUGUUAUCCGGGAAUGGGGGUUUCCACCAUACAGGAUAAUGCAUCUCAUGGCUAUUCCCAAAGUAUGUAUUUAUGGUCAAAUAAAUGACUAGCUGGGA